AUGCCUUGUGAUCAAGAAUCGUCCUCCUUUUAUAGCUCCGAAGUAGAUCGCAACCUCCUCCGCGUAUCUCGUCCACGUGCAACUACCGAUCCCGCUAUUUCCGGAUCUGAACAGUCGAAGCGAGAUUCUCGUUUGACUCGUUCAAACUCAGCUUGCGGACUUGACUCCGUCGAGCUAGAGCUCGACUUCGUCUUCACAAGUAGCUCGGACAGUAAACAGCUGGAUUUGGACAAGGAUACUUGGUGGGCUCGAGGUCAUUUUACUGGGCCUGAGUGGACUUAUCUUGAUCUUAGGACUUAG